AUGGAAUUCACAACCCCUGAAAACCCUUUUGCCCUGGCCGUGCCUAUCAUCAUCAGCCUCAGUGUUGCUGCAGUCAUCUUCACCGCUGCUAUAUACUGUUAUGUAAAGAUCAAAACAAAGUGGUGGGACACAGUUGCCAAAUGUCCAAAUCCCAAACUUCUGAUUAUUCAUCCAAGCAAACAAGAGCUCUUGAAGACUGUGCAACCCACCAUCUCCUCUGUCUGUGUUGAGCCCAUUGUUCCAGAUGACACCAAACCAUGGUCGAAGGGGUCACUGAGCACUAGCAGUGGGUGCCUUCAGCAAAGCAGUGGAUUCAGUACCGGCUCUUCCUGUCUCAGUAAUGCUAAUACAGAACCUGCUGACAUUAUAGCCGGUGUUCAGGAUGCCCUUGGUAAAGCCUACGCCAAUAUCAAUCCGGUAUCACCUUUGACCACCAAUCCACUUGCAGAAUCAAACAAAGUUGGCGGUUUGCUCUCCUCUCCCUACAACCCCUGUGGUGUCAGAGCUGAUGAAAUGAGUUCUGGAUCAUCUGGCUUCAUCAAUAAAUCCUACUCCAUCAUCAUUCCCAGCUGCCUACAUCAGAUUGUGACGGACAGCUCUGAGGUCCAGACGCAGGCUGAAAUGCUUUGUGACUCUUCAUGCCAUCCUAUUGCGGGUGACGUUGAGCCCUCUGUUGACCAAAAGGCACCAGCUUGUCCGCUUGUUGAUUUUCCACCAGUGGUUUUAUCUGUUAUGCCAACAGACAUGUCAUAUCAGCAGAGCAAUGCCGAUACUGGGGGAUUUCCAAAUGCAGAAGACUCCAGUUUGUCCUCCGUCUCUAGUGGCACCAACACAGUUGCGUCAUGCGAUCCUGUGACCAGAGUUGAGGCCGGGCGUGAGAGCUCUGAUGAGGCAGUGCAAGGCGCGACAAAGCCACAUGGGAAGACUGAAGAGGCUGAUGAAAACCCCUGCUACGGCUCUGUGCCCGCAGGCUCAAGCAGCCUUCCUCCAGUGGAUGACGACUACCAGCCAUUUCACAACCUGGUGGAGCAGCCUGAUGUUUUGUUUUCAGAGGAGAGAAGUGAUGAGAAAGAGGAACAUUUGAACAAAUAUCCAGGGGAAUCGUUCACCGAGAUGCCUCAGAGCUUCUUAAGCCCAGCUACCGCAAAUUUCAUUAACAAUGUCCCGGGUGACCGGUGUCUCUCUGAGCUCCAAACACCUUUUCUCCCCUUGAUCCCUGCUGACCAGUCAAAGCCAUUAUUAACAGACAGCGGCUAUCAGUGUGUGUAGCGCAGAAAUUUAGAAGAAGAGAGAGAGGGAGA